AGGAAAGUAACAAUCCUCACUCACAAUCAGCUUCAGGCUUCAGCCUACAGCUCUGCACUUGCUAUGGAUAUGAUUUCGUUCAAAUUUAAAAUUGUCAGCAGUGCCUAAUACAUAUUAAUUUUUCUGAUCUCAAUUAAUAUUUGUACAAACAUUUUUUUCUUGGGCUACCCCAAGAAAGACAUUUUUGAACGCUUUGUGAAACAACACCAGGUGCAAGAUGAUCUUUUGGAACUCGUUCGUGAACUAUUUUCAACCUCUUGUGCUGUGGUAUCUGCGACCGCUGGUCAAGUGGUUCCUACGGAAGACAACCAAGCUGUGUGAGCUGCAGAGAAUUUGCUACGGCGACCCUCAAGGCGCGGAGCGAACCCUGAAUGUUGAAACCUCGCUCAGGUUGUCGCGGCGGCCAGAGAUUAAAUCUCUGAUUAAAAUGCUCGACAGCGUUCAUAAAGACGUAAUUUAUAGGCGAGACUUUGUGCACUAUUCUGUUUAUACUGUGCUGACCCUGAAGAAAAUCCAUCCUAAGGUGCACCCCCAAUUUGCGCCUUCCUUCUCUCGCUGUAUCGAGCAGUUACACGGAUACGAAACUCUCAAGAGGGACGUUGAAACCCUGAGGGUGGAGCAGUACAACGCGGACAACCCUGAGCAUGAAGCAAAGCUGAUAAAAUUGUGGGAGGCGAUAAUGCCGGACACACCUCUAGAGGCCAGAGUAACAAAACAGUGGCAAGACAUCGGGUUUCAGGGUGAUGAUCCCAAAACUGAUUUUCGGGGGAUGGGAAUGUUGGGUCUGGAGAAUCUGCUGUUUUUCGCCACCGACUACAACAAAGCCGCUCGGCAGGUGCUCUCGCAUUCCCAUCAUCCAACGUAUGGCUACUGUUUUGCAAUAGUGGGCAUAAAUUUGACCAGCAUGGCGUACCACAUGCUGAAAGAUGGAUCUGCAAAGACUCACAUUUUCAAUAUAAGCUACAGUUUGCCCAACAUGCGUCUUUUCCACCAGCUGUACUGCUAUCUGUUCUACGAAUUUGACCGUUUCUGGAUGGAAGAGAAACCCAGGGAUAUAAUGGAGUUCAAUCCGAUCAGGGACAAGUUUGAGAAGUCGAUCAGGCAUAGUUUGGCUAAAAGGGACACCCUCUUCAAGAUCAAUUUGUACAUUGAUAAUAUUUAAAUUAGAUCCAAAAGUUAAAUUUUUCGCUGAUUCAAGGCUGUGUUUGUGCUAUUUUCUAAGUUGGAGGAAUUUCGGAUCUCCUGAAUAUCACGUAUUUCUGUUGCACAAUGCAUUUUCUUUUGUGUUAACUGUAAACACUAAGGUGCCAUGAUUCAGUGCUCUCAAUCUCACACGGUAAAGUUAAGGUGCACUGUGACUCACUUUGGUAAACGCGCAACGACUGACCAUAAACAUUAUGCAAAAUAUUUAAUAAAUCAUUCUUCAGCAAAA